AUGGCUAUCUUUCCUCAAGCAAGAUACUUCAAUAAGAAGCUGGCUCUGUCCUGCUCCCUCAUCGCCUUGUCAUCCUUCAACUAUGGUUUCGACAACCAGGGGUUCGCAACAACGCAGGCCAUGGAUGCCUUUCAACGCCAGUUUGGAGUGUAUGACUCUUCCAAAGAGAAGUAUGUCAUAGAACCAUAUUGGCUCUCUCUGUUCAAUAGCUUGAACUACAUUGGAUUCGCUGCAGGUGUUGUCAUCGGUAGCUUGAUUAGCAAAGCAUUUGGCCGCAGGAUGUGCAUGUUUUGCAUGAGUGGCUUCGCCCUAGUUACCGCGACCAUAUCCGUCACCUCAGUGAAAAGAGAACAAAUUAUGGCUGCGCGUAUAUUGAACUAUCUCUACGUCGGCAUGGAAUUGUCAGUCAUUCCAGCGUAUCAAUCUGAGAUUGUGCCUGCAUCCGUCCGCGCAUUCAUCGUCGGGACAUACCAACUGAGUCUCUUGGUGGGUGGGCUUAUCGUCAAUUCUGUUUGCCGGGGCACCAGUAGUCUGGAGGACAAUCGUGCAUGGAGGAUUCCAAUUGGUCUAUUUUAUAUCGUUCCGAGUAUCAUCCUCAGCCUCAUCUGGUUCAUCCCGGAGUCCCCAAGGUGGCUGGCAUUGCAAGGCCGAAAUGACGAGGCGAAGAAGAGUCUGCGCAUCCUCCGGGAAGGAGCGUUUUCCGAAGACGAAAUCGAAAACCAGUUUGCCGAACUUCAAUAUGCCUUGGAAAUGGAGCAGGAGAAAGGUGCUUUCAUUGAAAUCUUCCAAAGCUUCAAUCUGAAGCGCACUCUCAUUGUGUUCGUGGUCAACUUUUUUCAGCAAGCCACCGGACAAGCAUUUGCAUCCCAAUACAGUACGAUAUAUGUCAAGUCUCUGGGCACGAUCGAUCCUUUCAACUUUUCUCUCAUCCUGGCUGCUGUCAAUAUUGUCGCCAAUACCUCCUGUCUCCUCGUGGCAGAUAAAUUGGGUAGAUGGUACAUUGAUUCUAGAAAUCUUCUCUUGGCCGGUGCUGCUGUCCAAACUGCGGCUCUCAUGGUGAUGGGCGGGCUAGGGACUGCCGAUCCAGUCACUGAUCCCUUGAAGAUCGGUAUCAUUUCGAUGCUUGCUCUCAUGACGGCCGGAUUCUCCCUGGGAUGGGCUCCAUUGACAUACGUUGUGACGACGGAGUUGCCGGCUUUGCGUCUUCGUGACUACACGCUCCGAGUGGGCUUUGUGGUCAACGUGGUCAUGAACUUUGCGGUUAACUUCAGCAUACCAUAUCUGAUUGACGCCAAAUACGCUGGGCUUGACUCCAAGGUCGGGUUCAUUUUCGGUGCCAUAGCCGUGUUGGCAUUCCUCUUCACUUGGUUCUUUGUUCCAGAAUGCAAAGGAAAGACGCUGGAACAGGUUGAUAUCAUGUUCAACAACGGUAUUGCUUUAAGAAAAUUUGGGUCAUACAAGUUCCCGGAUCUAGUUACAGGAGAUGAGAAGAUGGCGCAGGUCUUGCAAAAAGAACCCAACGUGACGCUUGUGGAAAACCAGGUCUAG